AGCCCGCGCGCUCGCCGCUCGCUCAGUCACCGUCAGUUGCUCGUUCUGGUCGUGCGUACACGCGCAUAGUUUAGUGCCGCCACACAAGAAGCGCCGCAGCAGAAAAACACAAAGAACGAAAAAAGCACUACCAGCGAACGCAAUGGCAACCGAAGUCGAGAAUACCGUGCCCGCGCCGGAGACGAAGGAUAUCAAGGAGGAAGCGCCCGCCGCCGCCGACGCUAAAGCCGAAGAGGCGAAGAAGGAGGAGGCCGCCGCUGAGGGUGCAGCGCCUGCCGUCGCUGCUGCUAAGGAGCCAGCACCACCCAAGGUCGUCGUGCACAAGAGCGCCUUCGAGAAGGACGUCGUCUAUCUGUAUCAGUUCUCGCGCACGCCGCUUCUGCCCUCGCUGUCGCCCUACUGCCUCAAGGUGGAGACUUGGUUGCGUCUUGCCGGCACCAAAUACGAAAAUGUUGAUCACAAAAUGAAGUUCCGCUCAAAGAAAGGACAGUUGCCUUUUGUCGAACUAAACGGCGAAGAAGUUGCCGAUAGCGCUAUCAUCAUCAAAGAGCUGGCGCAACGUUUCGGGCAUGAUUUGGACGCUGCCCUCACCGCCGAGCAACGCAACGUCGCACACGCAAUGAUCUCCAUGAUUGAGAAUCACCUUGUCUGGGUGAUUAUGUGGUGGCGUACCAAGUUCCCCGACCAGGUGCUCAAGGGUUACAAAGUGAACCUGCAGCACGCACUCGGCACACGGAUACCGAACGGCAUCUUGAACUUCUUCUUCAAAUUUGCGUUUGGCCGCAAGUGGUUCCAGGGAGCCAAGAAAGUGAAGGCACAGGGCAUGGGUGUUCACUCCGCUGACGAGAUCAACGAGUUUGGCCAGUCCGACUUGAAGGUUCUCUCCGAGAUGUUGGCAGACAAACCAUUCUUCUUUGGUGAUGAUCCCACCACCUUGGACGUGGUCGCUUUUGCCAACCUGGCUCAGAUCUACUUCAUUGACAAGGAGAUCAGUUACGCGUUGCGUGAUUACAUGACAGAGCACUGUGCCAACCUCGUGGGACACGUCAACCGUAUGAAGGAGCGCUGCUUCCCCGACUGGGAUGAUAUCUGCGCCACAUUGGACCUCAACUCGCACCUGCCCAAGCCUGCCCCCGAGGAAGGCAAGGAUAAGGAGGGCACCAACGACGAGAAGGAAGGUGACAAGGAGAAGGAACCUGAAGAUAAGGAUAUCGAAAAGGAGAAAGCCGAUGAGAAAGAAAAGGAGAAGGAAAAAGAUAAAGAUACAGAGGAGAACAAAGAGAAGGAGGCUAAAUGAGGCGAUUGCGGCGCUGAUUGAACAAGCGUUGACCCACUGCCCGCAAGUCAACUCAUCCCUUAACUGACCAUCUCCCAACUCCCACAUCCCUAUCCACCUGUGCUCAUUGGCGUUUUUCUUUUAGAAAAAAGAAACAAAGCUCUCUCAUUGCGAACUGAACUCAUUCCCCAGUUUUUAUUUUUCCGACAAUUCUCGACGAUGAUGCUAUCCAUGUGCAAAAACAUAUAGUUUUAAGAUUUACUUUCCAAAUACUGAUACAUUUAAACGUAAUAUAUACAAUGCAUAUAUUUAAUCACAAUUUUAUAAAGAUGACGUUCAAACAAGCUCUAAAAAAAUCAAGAAAUUCAACUUUUUGGAUUUCGGACUCAAGCAUCGACGACAAUUGAUUACGAGAACUUGUGUAGUUUUUUUUAUAUAUAUAUAUAUUUGAAAAGUAAACGGAGCCGAAACGGAAGCGAACAGCAAGAAUGAUAAUAUUAUAGUGGACGAUUUUUAUUGAUUAUAGUAAAAUGAGAGAAAAUGCUAGUUAAGAAAUUCUUUGUUUUGUAUAAAAAUAAUAUGAAGAUAUAGAUAGGUAUGCUCUUGAUUAUUUUAUAUUUGAUUUUAUUAUUUUUAAAAUGCAAAGCGAGUUUAUUAAUUUUUAUUAUGUGCGAGACGAGACAGACAGAUAUAGCACUCGAUAUGUGGUCACUCGGGACCAACGAACAAAAACAUCCCUCACAAUCCAACAAUCGUACCAAGCACCGCAGGACGCAGCGCGAAGAAAGCAGCAGGAAAAAAAACAAAGCAAGUGCCAUAAGUGUCUGGCCCUCCCGGUUCGUUCAUGUUAGUGCAGUCUCUAUCUCUCAUAUGUACGAAGGAAAGAUAUUAUUAACAUUAACCGAAACCCAGUAGCGCUCAUUUCUCUUCAUGUUAUUACGUACAUUCGACAUUGAAAUUACACCAACUCACCCACACAUUCACACACUCACCAAACACGAGCAUCAUUACAUAGCAAAGAUAAAAGAAAAUUAAAAAAUGCAACAAAAACCAGUUUGACGUAAGGAGUAUAUAAAUAUAUAUAUAAAUAUAGCUUAUAACCAAUGUCUCUUUGUAGAUUUUUUGUAUUUUUUUAAAAACAUUUCAUAAUUUUUAAGAUUUUAUUAUAUAUUAUACGAAAAAUAAUAAUAUGACGUGGACGAGUGACGAGCGAAUGUAUUACUUAUAUACCCACAUACAAGUAUAGUACGUAAAAGAUAACUCAUACGAUUUACUUGAUACGAACGUGAGUAAGUUUGGAGAACGCACGCAAAACACACAAAAGAUAGCCACGCAAGACGAAAAACUCGAAACUUUUUGUAAAGUUGUUUAUACAUGUUGUAUCAAUAUUAUAUCUUGUGGAAAAGCUCAAUAGAAUUGAACAGCA